UUUCAGUACCAAAAGCGGUAACCCCAAGCUACACUCGGGCUUACCAUGCGGCGUUGCUCAGGGAUUCCCUGCAGCGCUUACCUUGUCCUUCGCUUCCACGAUGUGUCCCCUGCAGUGUCCCCGGCCAUCUCCUCCGCCGAUGCCGGCAUCCGGCUUCCGUGUUCCGGUCCCUGUGACGUCGGGACGUACGGGGGCCGGAACCGGCGGCAAAUUUGAAAGUUUUAAAAAAUUUCUUUUUUUUAAAUGAUUAUUACAUAUGCUUUGUCCUGUGCCCUGCCUGCAUUUUGACUGUUCUUUCUG